AUUCAUGUUCUGACUGUAUUAUUCAUGUGUGUGUUUCAUAGAUGUUGUUGGCAAAGUUGUCAACGUGAGAGAGUUGGUUUUUGUUCCUUCCGUGGAACAUUCUCACGGAGGAUAUUUUGAGUUGUACUUUGGUUUACGUGAUACUGAGUUUGUGAAAUUAGAGCUAUCACAGGAACGUAGGUGGAGAUGUACCAACGUUUCAGGAUGUACGAGGAUUAUGUUGAAUCCGAAUCUCAGUAUUACCGACGAAAUGCUUUGUUGGAAUCCUGAAAACGACCAAGUACCUAUCAUCACACGCAAGGAGAAUGCCAUGGAGUGAUGAUGCAUGGAGUCGAUUAAUCGAACACGUGUUAUCGCGGCAUAUGAAAACAUGAUAUCUGAUGAAUUACGUGCGUUAUUGAAUUCACGACCUCCUAAGGAUGUUUGUUGUCGUGCGAGAGCGCGCCGUGUAGCAAUACUUAAAUCAAGACGGAUAAAAGCGAGGACAAGACCACCAGAAACCGGGUUGGUGUUGCCGAUUUACGAAGAUGAUUACGUGCAUUUCCUCGCAACCGAUUCGGAUUCUGAUCAUGGUGAUAGGGAGGACCAAACAGACGACGAUAAUGCAAUGGAUUAUGAUUUUGUUGAACAUCUCGAUAACGCCGAUGAGUGUAUUAUGGAACAGGAAGGGUUUGGAUCCAUACCGAUCAUAAAUGUGAAACCUGGAUUAACAGAAAACGGUUAUUUUGAUGAUGGAGAUCCGUUUUAUACCUGUCAAAAUUGCGGUGCUUAUAUGUGGUUUGGCGAGCAUAUUAACAAACGUGGAGCUAAAAAUAGGCCUAUAUUUUCUACGUGUUGCAUGAAGGGUAAAGUGGAGCUGCCUAAACUAAAAAAUCCUCCACCGGUGCUUAUGUCGAUGUUGUAUGGCAAGGAUGAGAGAAGCAAAAAUUUCCGUGCUUUAAUUAGAGCAUACAAUAUGAUGUUCUCCAUUCACGUCGCUUGGUGGUCAAAUUGA